AGCAGCAUAAAGCUUAGUUGCUCUGAGGAAUGCUUGGUCCGAGACCAGCAGCAGGGAUUCGGGUGUGAUACGGUCUGGUUUCCUCCAGCCCCUUCUCCCUGCAGCAUGGGGAAGAACAAACUCCAUCCAAGUCUUACUCUUCUCCUUCUGGUCUUCCUGCCUACAGAUGCCUCAGUCUCUGGACAACCGCAGUAUAUGGUGCUGGUGCCCUCUCUGCUCCACACUGAGACCCCUGAGAAGGGCUGUCUCCUUCUGAGCCACCUGAAUGAGACAGUGACUGUAAGUGCUUCCUUGGAGUCUCUCAGAGGGAACAGGAGCCUCUUCACAGACCUGGUGGCAGAGAAGGACUUAUUCCACUGUGUCUCCUUCACUGUCCCAAGGUCUUCAUCCUCUGAAGAGGUUAUGUUUCUCACUGUCCAAGUGAAAGGAGCAACCCAAGAAUUCAGGAGACGGACCACAGUGAUGGUUAAAAACCAAGACAGCCUGGUCUUUGUCCAGACAGACAAACCCAUCUACAAACCCGGGCAGACAGUAAAGUUUCGUGUCGUCUCAUUGGAUGAAAAUUUUCACCCCCUGAAUGAGUUGAUUCCACUAGUAUACAUUAAGAACCCUAAAGGAAAUCGCAUCGCACAAUGGCAGAAACUCAAGUUAGAGAGUGGCCUCAAGCAACUGACCUUUCCCCUCUCAUCAGAGCCAUUUCAGGGCUCCUACAAGGUGGUGGUACAGAAGGACUCAGGAGAAAUAACAGAGCACCCCUUCACCGUGGAGGAAUUUGUGCUUCCUAAGUUUGAAGUGCAAGUAAAAAUGCCAAGGAUAAUCACUAUUUUAGAAGAAGUGGUGGAUGUGUCAGUGUGUGGCAUAUACACAUAUGGGAAACCAGUCCCCGGACAUGUGACUGUGAGCAUGUGCAGAAAGUAUAGUCAUUCUUCUAGCUGCUAUGGUGGAGAGUCACAGGCUGUCUGUGAGAAAUUCAGUCAAAAGCUAAACAACGAGGGCUGCUUCUCCCAGCAAGUAAAAACCAAGGCCUUCCAGUUGAAGAGGGAAGGGUAUAACAUGGAACUUGAAGUGGAAGCCAAGAUCAGAGAAGAAGGAACAGAUGUGGAGUUUACUGGAAAAGGGACCAGUGAAAUAACAAGAAUCAUAUCCAAACUCUCAUUUGUGAAAGUGGACCCACACUUUAGACAAGGGAUCCCCUUCUUUGGACAGGUGCGCCUAGUGAAUGGGAAAGGUGUCCCCAUACCAAAUGAACUCAUCUUCAUCACAGCAAAUGCUGCUAACUAUUACUCCAAUGCCACCACUGAUGAGCACGGCCUGGUGCAGUUCUCCAUCAACACCAGCAACAUUAAGGAUUCCUCCCUCUCUAUCAGGGUCAAACACAAGGAUCAGAGCCCCUGUUAUAGUUACCAAUGGCUGUCAGGAGAAUACGAAGAAGCUCAUCACACUGCUGAUCUUGUAUUCUCUCCAAGCAAGAGCUUUGUCCACCUUAAUCCCCUGUCUCGUGAACUGCCCUGUGGCCAAACUCAGACUAUCCAAGCACAUUAUGUUCUGAAUGGACAGGCUCUGCAGGAGCUAAAGGAGCUGUCAUUCUAUUACCUGAUAAUGGCAAAGGGAGGCAUUGUCCGAACUGGGAUUCAUGUACUGCCUGUGGAGCAAGGAGACAUGAAAGGCCACUUUUCUGUGUCAUUCCCCGUGGAAUCAGACAUUGCUCCAGUUGCCCGAUUGCUCAUCUAUGCCAUUUUACCUGAUGGGGAAGUGGUUGGGGAUUCUGCGAAAUACGAGGUUGAAAAUUGUCUGGCCAACAAGGUGGAUUUGAGCUUCAGCCCAGCACAAAGUCUUCCUGCCUCACACGCCCACCUGCGCGUCACAGCUUCUCCUCAGUCCCUCUGUGCCCUCCGCGCAGUGGACCAGAGCGUGCUGCUCCUGAAGCCUGAGGCCGAGCUGUCCCCGUCCUCGGUUUAUAACCUGUUACCAGUAAAGGACCUCACUGGUUUCCCUGGGAGUUUGAAUCAGCAGGAGGAUGACAGUGGAGACUGUGUCAGCCAUAAUGUCUAUGUCAAUGGAAUUGUCUAUUCCCCAGUGUCCAACACAAAUGAAAAAGAUAUGUACAGCUUCCUGCAGGAUAUGGGCUUAAAGGUAUUUACCAACUCAAAGAUUCAUAAACCCAAAGUAUGCUUACACCAUCCAGUCUAUUCAAUGAUGAGUUCUCCAAGAUUAUUAUCUUAUUCAGAUGUAAGUGCAUUGGAAAGUGUCGUUCAGGAUUCUGUAGCCCACGUUUCAGAGCCUCUCACAGAGACUGUGCGAAAGUACUUCCCUGAGACAUGGAUCUGGGACUUGGUGGUAGUGGACUCAUCGGGUGUGGCUGAAGUAGGAGUAACAGUCCCUGAUACCAUCACUGAGUGGAAGGCAGGGGCCCUCUGCCUGUCCAAUGACACUGGACUUGGUCUCUCUCUUCCUGCCUCCCUCCGAGCCUUCCAGCCCUUCUUUGUGGAGCUCACAAUGCCCUACUCUGUGAUCCGUGGAGAGGCCUUCACACUCAAGGCUACUGUCAUCAACUACCUUUCCAAAUGCAUCCGGGUCAGUGUGCACCUAGAAGCCUCUCCUGCAUUCCAAGCUGUCCCAGUGGAGAAGGAAGAAGACUCUUACUGCAUCUGUGAGAAUGGACGACAAACCGUAUCCUGGGCAGUAACCCCAAAGUCAUUAGGGAGUGUGAAUUUCACCGUGAGCGCAGAGGCAGUGAAGUCUCAAGAACUGUGUGGGUCUGAGGUGGCUGUGGUCCCUGAAUAUGGAAUGAAAGACAAAAUCAUCAAGCCCCUUUUGGUUGAACCUGAAGGACUAGAGAAGGAAAUAACAUUCAACUCCCUGCUUUGCCCAUCAGGUACUGAAGUACCUGAUCAGUUACAUCUGAAACUGCCACCAAAUGUGGUAGAAGAAUCUGCCCGAGCCUCCUUCUCAGUCUUGGGAGACAUAUUAGCUUCUGCCAUGAGAAACACACAAAAUCUCCUCCAAAUGCCCUAUGGAUGUGGAGAACAGAAUAUGGUCCUUUUCGCUCCUAACAUCUAUGUUCUGAAUUAUCUAAAUGAAACACAACAGCUGACUCCAGAGCUCAAGUCCAAGGCCAUUGGCUACCUCAAUACUGGUUACCAGAGACAGCUGAACUAUAAGCACAACGACGGCUCCUACAGCACCUUUGGGGAGAAACAUGGCAGGACUGCAGGCAACACCUGGCUCACCGCCUUUGUACUGAAGACUUUUGCCCAGGCUCGAACUUACAUCUUCAUUGAUGAAGCAUACAUUACCGAAGCCCUCACCUGGCUGUCCCAUAAGCAGAAGGACAAUGGCUGUUUCAGAAGUUCUGGGUCACUGCUUAACAAUGCCAUUAAGGGAGGAGUAGAAGAUGAAGAGACCCUCUCUGCCUACAUCACCAUCGCCCUUCUGGAGAUUCCUCUUCCCAUCACUCACCCUGUUGUCCGCAAUGCCCUGUUCUGCCUGGAGUCAGCCUGGAAUUCAGCAAAGCAGGGAUCCCAUGGAAGCCAUGUCUAUACCAAGGCACUGUUGGCCUAUGCUUUUGCCCUGGCAGGUAACCAGGAAAAAAAGAGCGAAGUACUCAAGUCACUUGAUGAGGAAGCAGUGAAGGAAGAUAAUUCUGUUUACUGGACACGACCUCAGAAUCCCCAGGCACCACUGGAGUAUUUUAAUGAACUCCAGGCUCCCUCCGCUGAGGUAGAGAUGACAUCCUACGUGCUCCUCGCUCACCUCACGGCCAACCCUGCUCCAACCUCAGAGGAGCUGACUUCUGCAUCACACAUUGUGAAAUGGAUCACAAAGCAACAGAAUUCUCAAGGGGGCUUCUCCUCUACCCAGGACACAGUGGUGGCUCUCCAUGCUUUGUCUAAAUAUGGAGCAGCCACUUUUACCAGUACUGGGAAGGCUGUAAAAGUAACCAUCCGAUCUUCAGGGACAUUUUCCACAGAUUUCCAAGUAAACAACAACAACCGCUUGCUACUACAGCAGAUCUCAUUGCCAAAGAUACCUGAAGAAUACAGCAUGACAGCGACAGGAGAAGGGUGUGUCUACCUGCAGACAUCCUUGAAAUACAAUAUUCUCCCAGAAAGGCAAGAAUUCCCAUUUGCUUUGGAGGUGCAGACUCUGCCCCAAACUUGUGAUGGAAGUCAAGCCCACACCAGCUUCCAGAUCUCACUGAAUGUCAGUUACAAUGGGGCACGUCCUGUCUCCAACAUGGCAAUUGUUGAUGUGAAGAUGGUAUCUGGCUUCAUUCCCCUGAAACCAACAGUGAAAAUGCUUCAAAACUCUAAUGAUGUGAGCCGAACAGAAGUCAGCAGCAACCACGUUCUGAUUUACCUGGAUAAGGUGACAAAUCGGACACUGAGUUUGUCCUUCACAGUUCUGCAAGAUAUCCCAGUAAGAGAUCUGAAACCAGCCAUAGUGAAAGUCUAUGAUUACUAUGAGACAGGUGAAUUUGCAAUUGCUGAGUACAAUGCUCCUUGCAGCAAAGAUAAAGGAAAUGCUUGAAGACUACAUCAAUGGAAACUGAUGUGCUGGAGCCCCUGAUCCACAAACUCGGGUUUCCAUGGAAGAAAAUAGUUUUUGUAUCUCCAAAGUCUUAAAGAAUAAACCUUUUCUAGUCCAUCUCUA